CUGACUUACCGCCGUAGGUUGUCCUACAACACCGCCUCCAACAAAACCAGACUCUCACGGACUCCUGGUAAUCGUAUUGUGUACCUUUACACUAAGAAGGUCGGCAAGGCCCCCAAGUCAGCAUGUGGCAUCUGCCCAGGAAGACUGCGUGGAAUUCGCGCUGUUAGACCUCAAGUUUUGAUGAGGCUCUCCAAGACCAAGAAGCACGUUAGCAGGGCCUACGGAGGAUCCAUGUGCGCCAAGUGUGUGCGUGACAGGAUCAAGCGUGCUUUCCUGAUUGAGGAGCAGAAGAUCGUUGUCAAGGUGCUGAAGGCACAGGCACAGAGCCAGAAGUCAAAGUAAACUUUGUAUUUGUAUUGCCACAAUAAAAAAUGUCAAACAAAUCCACUA